AUGCUUCUCCAGUCGGCAUUAUCCCUACAUCGUUAUUCGACGGGGAUCCGACUUACAUUGGAGGACCAGCCAGGUCAUGCCAAUGACUUGGAAGCCUAUGUUGCAAACCGCCUUCAAAUCAAAGAUCUUGCACUUGUCGAAGAACUGCGACCCCAACUUCUUGGGAAAGCUGCCGGAGCUUUUAUGUGGGUUGUCUUAGUUGUCGAUAUCCUCAACAAAGAGUAUCGACGGGGUGGGCUAGCUCUGAAAAAGAGACUUGCAGAAAUACCGAGUGAUUUGAGCGAACUGUUUAAAGAUAUUUUGAGACGGGAUAAUGAAAAUAUAGAGGACCUCUUGCUUUGCAUACUCUGGAUCCUCUACGCAGAGCGGCCUUUGCAGCCAAAUGAGUUCUACCAUGCUCUUUGA